GAAGCAAAACUUUAACCAUCGGAAGAGAAAGCGCGAAGUCGUUGACAUGGCUGUGGAGUGCAAGGCUGACCGCCGGACAUCCGCUGGCAUGAUAGACGAUAUCAUUAUGGCGCUUUGCAUACAUGUCUCGAAUAAGAGUCUCCUUAUCCUCAGUUUUUACUGCCUACCUCUUCUUUUCCUUAGCUUCCCUUCAGCAGGCAUACAUCUAUGAUUGUCGUAGAUAUCAAUCGGUGGGCUCGUACAUUUGGUCAGGGCAGAUAUGCCUCGUCGGUGCCGCGCUCACAUUCCAAAGCUUUGAGAGAAUGUGUAAACUCGAUAUUCAUUUUUUUCUACGCUCAUAAAUAGCCUGAAUAAAUGUACCGAGUAGUAAAAAAACCAAGUUAAUAUUUGCUUAUA